UUACUCCACUAGUGCGCAGGCCCCGACGGGAGCGCGCACCGAGGAGCUGAGGGAGGGGUCACGAACUCUGACCCCCCCCCCCAAAUACACAAACGCAGAAAGCUCCUUACCCCCAUUUUUUCUUAACCCUCCCUGCUUCAGCUUUCUCCAACGUGUCUCUUCCCGGAGUCCCCCGCCCCAGCAGCCGCCGCAGUGGGACUGACCGGUCUACGCCCGGCACAGAACGUAGCUCGGUAGAGAAGCGCCGGUAAGAGCCGGGACAUUUUGGCAAUUAAAUCAUGGCAACGAUAGAAGAAAUUGCACAUCAAAUUAUUGAACAGCAGAUGGGAGAGAUUGUUACUGAGCAGCAAACUGGCCAGAAAAUCCAGAUUGUGACAGCACUUGAUCAUAAUACCCAAGGCAAGCAGUUCAUUCUGACAAAUCACGAUGGCUCUACUCCAAGCAAAGUCAUUCUGGCUAGACAAGAUUCUACUCCAGGAAAAGUUUUCCUCACAACCCCAGAUGCAGCAGGUGUCAACCAGUUAUUUUUCACAACUCCUGAUUUGUCUGCACAACACCUCCAGCUCUUAACAGAUUCUUCCUCAGAACAAGGACCAAAUAAAGUUUUUGAUCUUUGCGUUGUAUGUGGAGACAAAGCAUCAGGGCGUCAUUAUGGAGCAGUAACUUGUGAAGGCUGCAAAGGAUUUUUUAAAAGAAGUAUCCGAAAAAAUUUAGUUUAUUCCUGUCGAGGAUCAAAGGACUGUAUUAUUAACAAACACCAUCGAAAUCGCUGUCAAUACUGCAGGUUACAAAGAUGUAUUGCGUUUGGAAUGAAACAAGACUCUGUUCAGUGUGAAAGAAAACCCAUAGAAGUAUCAAGAGAAAAAUCUUCCAACUGUGCUGCUUCAACAGAAAAAAUCUACAUUCGAAAAGACCUUCGAAGUCCAUUAGCUGCAACUCCAACUUUUGUAACAGACAGUGAAACUGCAAGGUCAGCAGGACUGUUAGAUUCAGGAAUGUUUGUGAAUAUUCAUCAGUCUGGAAUAAAAACUGAGUCAGCUGUGCUGAUGACACCAGAUAAGGCUGAAUCAUGUCAGGGAGAUUUAAGCACAUUGGCCAGUGUGGUUACAUCAUUAGCAAACCUUGGAAAAACUAAAGAUCUUUCUCAAAAUAUUAAUGAAAUGUCUAUGAUUGAAAGCUUAAGCAAUGGUGAUUCCUCUUUGUGUGAAUUUCAUCAAGAAAUGCAGACUAAUGGUGAUGUUUCAAGGGCAUUUGACACUCUUGCAAAAGCAUUGAAUCCUGGAGAGAGCACAGCCUGUCAGAGCUCAGUAGAGGGCAUGGAAGGAAACGUACACCUAAUUGCUGGAGACUCGAGCAUAAAUUACAUCGAAAAAGAGGGGCCACUUCUCAGCGAUUCACAUGUAGCUUUCAGGCUCACCAUGCCGUCUCCUAUGCCUGAGUACCUGAACGUGCACUACAUUGGGGAGUCUGCCUCCAGACUACUGUUCUUAUCAAUGCACUGGGCACUUUCAAUUCCUUCCUUCCAGGCUCUUGGGCAAGAAAACAGCAUAUCAUUGGUGAAAGCCUAUUGGAAUGAACUUUUUACUCUUGGUCUUGCCCAGUGCUGGCAAGUGAUGAAUGUAGCAACUAUAUUAGCAACAUUUGUCAAUUGUCUUCACAGUAGCCUUCAACAAGAUAAAAUGUCAACAGAAAGAAGAAAAUUAUUGAUGGAACACAUCUUCAAACUACAGGAGUUUUGUAACAGCAUGGUUAAACUCUGCAUUGAUGGAUAUGAAUAUGCCUACCUGAAGGCAAUAGUACUCUUUAGUCCAGAUCAUCCAGGUUUAGAAAACAUGGAACAGAUUGAGAAAUUUCAGGAAAAGGCUUAUGUGGAAUUCCAAGAUUAUAUAACCAAAACCUAUCCAGAUGACACCUACAGGUUGUCCAGACUACUACUCAGAUUGCCAGCUUUGAGAUUGAUGAACGCUACCAUCACCGAAGAAUUGUUUUUCAAAGGUCUCAUUGGCAAUGUACGAAUUGACAGUGUUAUCCCACAUAUUUUAAAAAUGGAACCUGCAGAUUAUAACUCACAAAUAAUUGGUCACAGCAUUUGAAAGCUGAGAUCUCAAUGUAAACUGAUUGUUCUUUCCCAGAACGCAAGAAGACACCAAAUUGAACUCAUUGCUUCCAGGACAUCUGGAAAGUUUUACUUUAGAGAGUAACCAAAAACCAAGGUGUUUUUAACUUCCUUAAGAAGAAUUUCUGAAGUGACUGGUCAGAUAGCAGGAAUUAGAAUUUCCCUUCCUGUCUUAUUUAAAUGAAUAAAAAUUACUAUGAAUUUAUUAUUGGUUAAGAUGACACCUCUAAAGCUGUCGCCUCUUGACUAAGCUUUCUCAUUUUAUUUUAUAAAAUAAAUAAAUAAGUCUCUUUUUUCCCCCCAGAA